CUCAGUUGUUCCAGUAAAAACACACCCACUCUGCCCAGUCCCGCAAUGAAGAAGUGAGGUUCUGGUUGUUCCCAAACGCGCCUUCAGUGCCAUCAACGCGAUGGAAAGUAAACACGGUUAAAACAGAAAACGUGUUAUGUGGACGAAGAAAACCGACAGAUGAGAUGAGAGGAAUAACCUGGAAAUCAUUUUACGCACCGCCUAUUAGGGUGGGUGCCAUAAUCCUCAUCCUGCAGAUAGGCCUUGUGAUCAGUUUUAACUUUACUGAAUCUUCUGGAAACUAUACAAGUUCAGAGCCUAAGAUGGAUCUGGAGUGCCUUAAUGAUUACAUAACAGAGAUGAUGUGUAGUUUGACUUCAGACCAACAGCUCCUCUGCCCCGAGUACAGUCUCAAUGUGACUGUAUUUAACGCAAGAUUUACUUGCGAUUUACAGCAACUUAAAUCCAGCUCAUGUGAAUGCACAGUGCAUGUGAACUCUGGCUUUGUUUUGGGAGAGGAAUACAAGGUUAAUGUGUUGAGAAACAAAAGCCCACUGUUCACUACAAACUUCGGUACUACAGAAACCAUUAAACCUAAAAAACCUGUCAUAAGGACAGUCAAGGAAACAAAGAAUGGAAACUUUCUCAUUGCUUGGGACACGGCUUAUAAUGACUCUGAUGACCUGAUUGCGGAGCUCACUUACUACAUCGAAGGAAGCAAAGGGACGAGAAAAAAAGUGAUCAUAACAACAAAAGGCCAGCAUGAGCUUGUAGGCAGAAACCUUGAGUCAAAUUCCAACUAUAUUGUGAUGGCAAGAAUACAAUCUCACUUAAAUUACAGAUUCAGUGACUACAGUGAUCCAUAUAGGUUUUCUACACAGCCUAAGAUGGAUCUGGAGUGCCUUAAUGAUUACAUAACAGAGAUGAUGUGUAGUUUGACUUCAGACCAACAGCUCCUCUGCCCCGAGUACAGUCUCAAUGUGACUGUAUUUAACGCAAGAUUUACUUGCGAUUUACAGCAACUUAAAUCCAGCUCAUGUGAAUGCACAGUGCAUGUGAACUCUGGCUUUGUUUUGGGAGAGGAAUACACGGUUAAUGUGUUGAGAAACAAAAGCCUACUGUUCACUACAAACUUCGGUACUACAGAAAACAUUAAACCUAAAAAACCUGUCAUAAGGACAGUCAAGGAAACAAAGAAUGGAAACUUUCUCAUUGCUUGGGACACAGCUUAUAAUGACUCUGAUGACCUGAUUGCGGAGCUCACUUACUACAUCGAAGGAAGCAAAGGGACGAGAAAAAAUGUGAUCGUACCAACAAAAGGCCAGUUUAAGUACGAGCUUGUAGGCAGAAACCUUGAGUCAAAUUCCAACUAUAUUGUGAUGGCAAGAAUACAAUCUCUCUUAAAUGACAGAUGCAGUGACUACAGUGAUCCAUAUAGGUUUUCUACACCCUCAUCUCUAAAGAACUAUGUCAAGCUAAUAAUUCCCCUCAUAUUGUGAAUAGAAAUGUUAGGAGUGGAAUAACUGCCAUAUCACGUGUAACUGCCAUACAAAGUGCACAUGGUUAUCCUUAUGUGACAAUCUCAUCCAAUACUAUAAAGAAACAAAGUGAAAUUAAUGCAGCAAAAAGAGAGAAAAGAAAUAAGACAACAAAGACAGAGAGAGGAAGCUGUGGAAAAUAAACUAAAAGAAAUGGGGAAAUUGUUAUAUGACACAAAGAAAUUGAAUAUAUCUGAUUAAAACUUUAAAGAAAAAUAUCUAGAAGGAAGCUGAUUCAACCCAAAGAGGAACAGACACUGUACCUAGACAGUUGGAUCAAGACCCAUCUUCUUGCUGAAAGAAGAUUAUAGAAUUGUUAUGAAUUUUCUUUUUCAUUUUAUAGAAUGACAAGUUUCAUUUACCUUUAUAUGAAUUUAUGUAACCAUUAUGUGAUUAAGAAAUUAUAUAAUUUUCAUUAGUAUGUUUAGAUAUUAAGACAGAGUAACAGUGAAAGCUUAAAAGGACAUCACAAGGCUUUGUGUCAGCAGCUCUGUGUCAGCAGAAUAAGAACACACAGUCAGACGUGCAGCCUAGGAGACUUCUCAGGAUGUUUUGCAGAAGCAUGAGAUCAUGAGAGACCUGAUGGUAUGCUGACAGAGUCAGAAUGACGUUAUGAGUUCAUACUAAUAAAUGGUAUAAAUAGGGUUUUAGAACCAGUUAUCGGUGUGCAUUCACCGUGAAGCAAGCUCUGUGUGUUAUACUAAGUUAUUGCUUAUAGAUAGUGCAUCAGGAGAAAAAACUCAGGCUUACACUUGGAGAGUGUUUCUUGGUUUGUUUUAUUUUUGUAUUUUACUUAUUUCUACUUACGCUAGAAUUGUUUGACUAUUUGAAGGAGAUUUUGUUUGUAAUUUUCUUUUCUUUUACAUUACAUAUAUUACACACAUCUAUUUGUAUUACACUUUUAAUAAAAACAAGGCCUCCCAUUGUGAGGAUCCUGAAAAGACAAAAAG